AUGAGGACGAAUAACCCACUGCCACACAAGAAGCGCAUGGAGUCAUUUACCGGAUCUGGUGCGGUUGUGGGCAAAACAACUACAUCGGCGAAACUAUCAGACUACUCCGGACCCGAAUGGCCAAACAUGCAGCAGCAGAAGCAGCAGCAGCAGCAGCAGCAGCAGCAGCAGCAGCAGCAGCAGCAGCAGCAGCAGCAGCAGCAGCAGUGA